AACUGUAGCCUUUUGACAAUCAUUUCAUUUUUCCUUGUUUAUCAGGAAAUCUUAAUGCUUAAUAAUCAUGCUUUCAUUUAAUCUAUCCAACUUGAUUUUUUGUUGUUACCUUUAUUGGUGCCAUUAACAGUCUCCGUUGUUUCAUGAGUGUUUGAGACGGUAGGAUUCAAUGGAGAUACUUGACCAAGCCGCUAAUAAUGGUCAAAUGGAAGAGGGUAAACCGUUGAAGCUAUUAAGCUUAGUUUUGUUGGCCUUACCUUUGAUUGUGAUACAAGCUUACCAACAAAGGGAUCAGCAGUUUAAUCAAGUGAUCUCAAUUGAUUAUGACAAUGUUUCUAUUGAUCGAACGAAUAAUCAAUGCACUACAAAUGGUUUAUCAAUAUUUUUAUCUCGACCUGGUAUUUAUGAUAGGAAAUAUGCUACUUUCUCAGAAUCAAUGCGUUUAGAGAUGCUUCAGAAAACUCGUGAAAUGUUCCAAUUUGGCUAUGAUAAUUACAUGAAACAUGCAUUCCCGAAGGACGAACUUAAUCCAAUCCUUUGCACAGGCAGAGGGCCUGAUAUUUUGAAUCCAUCUAAUAUCAAUAUUAAUGAUGUUCUUGGUAACUAUUCCUUAACUCUAGUCGAUACCUUGGAUACCUUGGCAAUAAUGGGCAAUGUAUCUGAGUUUCAGAAAGCUGUUCAACUUGUGAUAGAUCAAGUUUCAUUCGAUAAAGAUGUGAUUGUUCAAGUUUUUGAGGCCAAUAUUAGAUUAUUAGGAGGCUUACUUUCAGCUCAUUUACUUAUUAUGGAUCCAGAGAAGCCAUUUGGACCUAUCAGGCCUUUUGGAUACAAUGGACAAUUAAUGGAACUUGCUCAUGACUUAGCAACUCGCCUUCUCCCUGCCUUUGACAAUAGCUCAACUGGAUUACCAUAUCCAAGAGUUAAUUUAAGACAUGGAGUUCCAAAAAGUCAAGAUUGUAAUUGGUGUGCCACUCAUACAUGUACUGCCGGUGCAGGAUCUUUACUCUUGGAGUUUGGAAUAUUAAGUCGUCUAUUAGGUGAUCCUGUAUUUGAAAGUGUUGCUCGAAGAGCGGCCAGAACUCUCUGGUAUCGGCGAUCAGAAAAUACUGGCUUAUUAGGUAAUGUCAUUGACGUAGAGACUGGCGAAUGGAUUGGUAAAAUGAGUGGAGUUGGUGCUGGUCUCGAUUCAUUUUAUGAAUACUUGCUAAAGUCAUACAUUGUCUUUGGUAAAGCAGAAGAUCUCAGAAUGUUUAAUGAAAGUUAUCGAUUGAUUAAACGUUAUUUACGUCGAGGACGAGAUGAAUGCAACGAAGGAGUCGGUAAUCACCCGGUCUAUGUUAAUGUUAAUAUGAUCGAUGGACGAACCUCAACUCUUUGGAUUGAUUCAUUACAAGCUGCCUUUGCUGGGAUACAAGUUCUUAAUGGUGAUAUUGAGGAAGCCAUUUGCACUCAUGCACUUUAUUAUGCUAUUUGGAAGCGCUUCGAUGCCUUACCGGAAAGAUUUAACUGGCAACAUUCUAGCCCAGAUCUCUAUUUUUAUCCACUACGACCUGAACUUAUCGAAUCAACCUAUUUAUUAUAUCAAGCUACUAAAAAUCCUUUCUAUCUUCAUGUGGGAAGAGAUAUCCUUUAUAGUCUUAACAAUCAUACUAAAGCCGAAUGCGGUUAUGCAACAAUCCAUAAUGUUCAAGAUAAAAGUCUUGAAGACAGAAUGGAAAGUUUUUUCUUGAGCGAGACCUGUAAAUAUCUUUACCUUCUUUUUGAUGUUGACAAUCCUUUGAAUAAAGAUGCUGCAAAAUUUAUCUUCAGUACUGAAGGACAUAUAUUUCCAGUUUCAUGGAGAUAUCGUAGGAAAACUUGGAAAGAUGACGAUUUUGAGGGAGAAAAUGAAUCAAACUUGUCUUCAGAUAAAAAGAGUGAUUCAAAUCAAGCAGAAACUAAUCAUUCAACUAAAUCAUGCCUUAAAAUUAACGAAGAGAGACAUUACAUGUUGCCAAUCAAGAAUGAAUACCUUCACCAAGUUAUACAUGCCUUGGGUUCAGAAGCCUGACCAAACUGUCCAAAACAAUCAUGAUGUUUUUUUCUUUAUCUUUCAAACAUGUAAAUGUGUUGCUUUAUCAUGAUCAACAACUAUGUUUUAUUUAACUAUUAACAAAUAUGCAUAUUUAAAUACAAA